CCAAGGUCGUUCUACAAGACACUAUGUCCAAGAGACAGCAAGAACAAAAAUGUGAUCUUCCAUUAAAGAAAAAGGGGACAUACAGAAACGAAGAAGACAAAGAUGUUGGUAACUCACGUCAAGGACAAAAGAAAAGUUGGAGUUGUUUCCGACGUCAUUUUGGCAAGAGGAAUCAUCUCUGUGAGCAUGGUGGAAACAAGUGUCAGCAUUCACAACUCCAGAAAGAUAAUGGGAAACAGGGGAUUAAGGAUGUCCAGCAGAUCCCCCAAGUAAAGCAUAGUCUGAAUACCAUCCGGCACAACAGAGGAGUGGAAUUGCGCAUUGAAGGCCGUAUCCAGAUUAUUGUGCAGAAAGGUAGAAAACCUCGUGAGGGAGAAGUGGGGCAGAACACACAAGAUGGAACCCUGGGGAGCUGGUUCAAAAUCACAGUUCCUGAUGGGAUGAAGUAUGACAAAAUAUGGCUAAUGAAUUCAAUCCAGAGCCAUUGCAGUGUCCCUUUCACUCCAGUGGAUUUCAACUAUGCAAACAACUGGGCCCGGUUCUUUGUCCAGGGUGCUAGCGCUGCCUCUGCAUUGAAGGAUGUCAGCUAUAAGAUUUGUGAUGAGGAGAACCAAAAGAUACCUAUCUUUGUCAGUACUUCUGUUGUACCCUACUCUGUGCGGGAUAAGUUGGAGCCAAAGGAAAUGGAGCAGCUAAAGCUGACCAUGAACAAGCGAUAUGAUCCCUCCCAGAAAGCUCUUGACCUCCAGAUGUUCCGCUUUGACCCAGACUUGGUGGGCCUUGAUAUUGAUAUAAUCCUGAAUCGAAGAAACUGCAUGGCUGCCACCCUGCAGAUCAUCAAAGAGAAUUUCCCUGAGCUGUUGUCCUUGAACUUGCGCAGCAACAAACUAUACCAGCUGAAUGGCCUGUCUGACCUUAUACAGAUGGCCCCCACAGUCAAGAUCCUGAACCUCUCCAAAAAUCAGUUGCAGUCCAUAUGUGAGGUGAACAAGAUGAAAGAGCUGAAGCUCGAAGAGUUGUGGCUGGAAGGGAACCCCUUGCGCAACACUUUCCCAGACCAGUCCACCUACACAAGUGCCGUCAGAAAAUGUUUCCCCAAGUUGUUACGCCUGGAUGGCCAGGUGUUACCAUCACCAAUUAUCAAUGGCAUUGACAGACCCUACUUAAUAAAGCCUUGCAAGGAAAGCUAUAAAAUAUCUGAGAUGCUGAAGAGUCUAGUCCUGCACUUCCUGAAGAAGUAUUACUUGACUUAUGACUAUGGAGACCGGCGCCGUCUCUUCCGUGUUUAUCAUGACGAGGCCUGCUUCUCCCUGACCAUUCCCUUCAACCCUGUAGACCCUGACCCAAGCAGCUUGUUUGAGUACUUCAAGGAUAACAGGAAUAUGAAGAACCUCAAGGACCCCUACCUGCGGGUUCAGCUGCUGAAGCAUACAAAACGUGACAUUGUGUGCUCCCUCUGUGUGUUGCCCAAAACACAGCAUGACUUCAGCUCCUUCGUAGUGGACUUUUGGUUCCAGACGGAAAAGAUGCUCUUCUUCUCUGUCAAUGGGGAGUUCAAGGAAGUGGAAGGAAAGUCUCAAGGUUCUGUGCGUGCCUUCACCCGGACCUUCAUCGCUAUCCCUGCCAGCAGUUCCGGUAUAUUCAUCGUGAAUGAUGAGCUGUUUGUGAGGGACACCAUCCCUAAAAAGACCCAGAGCACCUUCGCCAUCCCAGUGCGUAUGCCCGUCUACAGGUCCCUGCUCACCCUUUCACGGGAGCAGAGGGAUAUGGUGCUGGCUUUCUCCACCCAGUCUGGGAUGAAACUCUUGUGGUCUCAGAAGUGCCUUCAGGACAGCCAGUGGAACUACACCAGAGCUGGUCAGAUCUUCAUUAUGCUCAAGACCAAUGGCCAGAUCCCAGCAGAGGCCUUCAAACAAAUCCCCUAA